CGGGCUUAACUUUGACAGGCUGUUAGCUCGCUAUGCUAAUCUGUGCUGUUUUUAGUAGCUGUUUGUCGGGUUUAGAGUGUUUAUUUCAGAUCAGCUCUGGAAGAGAAUUAAAGCUCGGCUGUGGAACAGCAUGUCGUGUCCGGUGAUUCACUCCGCAGCUGUGGAUCUGAAUGUAGCUGUGCUGCCCCUGGAAUGGCUUUUGGGCACCUGGGAGUCGGACGAGCCAGGCGAGGGGUCUUUUCCCUCCAUCGCACCGUUCCGCUACACCGAGACCCUGCACUUCUCUCAUGUGGGACAGCCUGUGAUCAACUUCAUGUUUAAUGCUUUUCAUGCAGAGAGCAGAAAGCCCCUUCAUAGAGAAUGUGGAUUUAUCAGGAUUCAGCCUGGCACGAACAACCUGGCCUUCAUCAUCGCUCAGAACUCAGGGCUAGUAGAAAUUGAGGAAGGUGAGCUGAUUGGUCAGCAGGUGAUCCUGCAGAGCCGGGCAUUGGCCAGAACUUCUUUUGCCAAGGAGCCGCACGUUCAACAGAUCUCCAGGCUCUUUCAGCUGAGGCCCGAUGGCAGACUGGAGCAGACAGUGUCCAUGGCACUGGAGAACCAGCCUCUGACCCAGCAUCUGCACAUUACCUACCGCAGAGCCUCCUGACCACUGAGGAUCCGGGGAAUGAAGACGGAGGAUACGGCAUUACCCGUCCGACACAUGAUUAAUGUACUAUGCAUUAAUAUUAAUGCACAUCUCACUGCACUUAUGAUACAAUAACAGAUAAUAAAUACAUCUGGGGGCACUGAACUGGUCAAGUACUGGUAACCAUUCAACUACUGACAACCCAUCUAACAAAUUUUGGUUUCAGGAACAUUAUUUUUGCCAAUUAAUUAUUUUGGUUUGCCUUUUGGUUCCACAAAAAAAAGUUUGAUUACUAUUCCAUAAAAAAAAUAGAAUAUCAUUAAAAAAAUUAUUUAUUUCAGUAAUUCAUGUGAAACUAUUAAAAAAAUAUAUAGAUAUAUAAAUGUAUUAAACACAGAGUGAUCUAUUGUCAGUGUUUAUUUAUUUUAUUGUUGUUGAUUAUGGAUUACAGCCUAUGAAAAGAUCAGUGUCUCAGAAAAUUAGAAUAUUAUAUAAGACUAAUUGGUACUUUUGACACUGUGGGCAGUGUGCCUGCUGGAAAAUGAAAUCCACAUCUCCAUAAAAGUUGUCAGUAGCAGAGGGAAGCAUGAAGUGCUGUAAGAUUUUGUGGGAAAACAAAACUGCACUGACUUUUUUUGCCCUUAUAUAAUAUUCUAAUUUUCUAAAACACUGAUUUUUGGGUUUUUAUUGGCUGUAUGCUUUAUUCAUCAACAAUAAAAUAAAUAAACAUUAAAAUGUUUAAAAUUAAAAUAGAUCACUCUGUGUGUAAUACAUCUAUAUAAUAUGAGUUUCACAUUUUAAACUCGAUUACUAAAAUAAAGUAAACCAAAAAAAAAAAGAACAUUCUGGAAACAAUGAUUACUUUUCAUUCAAAAUAAAAAUGUUGACAACACAUAUAAUUAUACAUGGGGUUAAUUAUUGUUAGUCGUUUCCGUCAUGCAAAAACCUUGCAUCUGCAUUUUUGUAGUUUUUCCCUCUAAAAUGAAUCUGGCAGUUAUUCUUUGCAAUAUCUGAAUUUUAUGAUGAAUGGGACCAAUAGAAAUGCUCCUAAAUUACAGCAUUUUUACAUUGACUUCUAUUGCUGUUUUUAGCGGUAUAAAGUUUUUGCAUGACCAUGGCAGUAUGCUGGAUUAAGGCGUGGAUCAAUACAUUUAAAGUACAAAACAAUACAUUUAAAGUACAAAACUGUAUGUAAAUGCGUGCAUUUACAUACAGUAUCGGUCAAAAGUUUGGACACACCUCCUUCUAUACAUCGAUUUGUACUAUUUUCUACAUUGUAGAUUAAUAUUGAAGACAUCAGAACUAUAAAGGAACACUUGGAAUGGUAUAUUAAGGUAUAUUAAGUGUUGUGUUGGUUUUAGGUCAGGAUCCUAGACAGGGAUUAAGCCUAGUCUUAAACAACACAGCUUUUUAAAUAGUGCUGUGUAUUGGCAAGAAUUUGGUGAUUAUGAUACAGAUCACAAUACAGGGGUUACAAUUCAAUAAAUCACAACAUAUUGCAAUACUGUAAGCAAACACUUUAGAAAGAAGCAUCAUAAUAGUAUAAAAACACAUUUAUAAAUUUUAAAUCCAUUGUCAGUACAUUGUGAUCAAACAACAGAGUAAAAAACACUGCCAUCUAUUUCAAUGCCUUUCAAGACUAAUAAACCUCUAAAUAACCGAUGUGAA